AUGCUUCGACAUAUCAAUGAACACCCGGUGACCUACCUCAAUAAGGGCCAAACCUACAGCCUCAAGGUGGCGGAUUCUAAGCCACCCAUUAGGGAUAUCGCGUUGGUUCAAUACAGAACGUUCGUGCGAGUCUCUUUUGAAGAACAAGAUCAGCGGUCAGACCCAGUUGCAUCUUGGCAACUGUGGAAAGAUGGUAGAGGCCGCAAUGAAGCAAAUAAGCGCCGAAGUGAGCUCUUGGCCGUCGAAUAUAUUGAUCCUCUUCAGGACAGUGCUGGGUGUAAGGGGCAUCACCAGAUUUGGCUCGAAAAGACCUAUGUUGAUGGUUUUUGUGUCACCUGGACAGCUGAUCCAAUGAGAAAAGUCUCCGAAUGCCUCAUCCCGCUAAGGUUCAAUUUCUUGUCAACUGACUUCAGUCGCUCAAAAGGGGUUAAAGGAGUACCAGUCAGGCUAUGUACGAAAACGGAACUCCUUCGACCAGAAGGCGUGAAAAGAACCACGGAGCAUGACUCAGAAAUGUGCUAUUGUGCGAUAAAGCUUUUCCGGGACCACGGUGCUGAGCGAAAACUAUCGAACGACGUGGCACACAUCAAGAAAAAAAUCGAAAAGCUCAAUCAACAGAUCACCGACAGAGAACUAGGCUCGGACUUUGUCAGAUCAAUUCACGACAACAAUUCGAGGAACCGUGGGCAAUUUAAUCAUUGGCCUCGGAAGGGCAAGUCGUCGAUGAAACCGUGGAAACCCCCGACGACCGAAAACCUUCGUUUCGAAUUGGCUCUAACACAUAAAUUAUUUUCAUCGGCUCGUCAAGUGAGUGUUCUAGGAUUUUGUGGCGCCGAGCAAGAUGAUCCGGAUUUACAUCCUGUCACUUUACCACGUGGAACAGAUGAUCUGAUCAAAAAUGAAUGCAUGGACAAUCAACAUAUGGAGGACGCAACCAUGGCUCCAAUUCGAUAUUCGACAGAGCUGAAUGUGCGAUCUUAUCGUCAUCAAAGCCCUAUCAAUAUACAACAUCCGCUUGAAUUUCCAGGUAUCCCUGCUGGAGAUAUGCAGAACUCUGUAUCUCCUGCAACGUUGUCAUCUACAGCUGGUUCGUACUGCUACUUCAGAAUAUAUUUCGUCGCCUCUUACUUACCAUACCUCGUCACAGUCGCAUGCUUUUAUGUCCAGAUCAAUCAGAAUGGAAAGCUGGCCCCGAGCUACCAUCAUGCAAUUUACUUAGCGGAACGAACAUCUCUCGAUCUCAAAGAAAAGCUUUGUGAAAAGAUGUUGGUCGACCCAAGACUUAUCGCUCGUAUCCUAUGGGGAAAUAGCAACGGCUUAGAAGUCAUGGUCGAUGAUGAUAUGGUCCAGCAUAUUCCAGAGGAGCAAAUUAUGACCGCGGACAUCUCUGAAGUUUCUUGUAUAGAAGUGGCUUCUGCGGGCUUGAAGCCGUCUGUGGCGGAAAUAAAGCUCGUUUUCUAA